AUGGCCGGAAUCCCAAUUAUCGACUCUCACAUCCACCUCUACCCAGAGGCCGAGAUGCCUACUUUAGCUUGGCUAAAGCCGGACCAUCCUCUCGCAAGUGAGCAUUCUGUUACCGAAUAUGCCUCUGCCGCGGGCUCUUGCAAGUCUCUAAAGGGUUAUAUCCUUGUCGAGACCGAUCGGAAGCAACAGCUCACCGAGGAGGGAUGGAAGUAUCCGCUGGUUGAGGUAGCUUGGAUGAGCCGAGUAGCGACUGGGAAUGCGCUCGAGGAAGAGGACUUUACCCCUGAAGAUGCGAAGAAGUGCCUGGCCAUCAUUCCCUGGGCACCCGUGCCGAGUGGACCAGAGGCGCUGGAAAAGUAUCUAGCGAAGGUCGAGGAGGCUGCCGGCGAUGCUUGGGGAAAGGUGAAGGGAUUCCGUUAUCUGCUGCAAGACAAGCCUGGUGGAACGAUGUUGACCGAGGAGUUCGUUGGGGGCAUCAAGUACCUUGGCAAGAGAGGAUUCAUCUUCGAGGUUGGUGUGGACCAACACCGAAGGGGAAAGAAGCAGUUGGACGAGCUGGUGGAGUUGAUCAGCCGCGCCCAUGAAGACGUUCCAGACGAAGAGAAGGUGACUUUCAUCAUCAACCACAUGUGCAAGCCAGACCUCACCAUCUAUAACUUGUCUGACAAAGGCUUCACAAACUGGCGCACCGCCAUCUACACGCUCAGCCGAUGCGAGAAAACCUUCAUACAGCUCAGCGGCGGCUUCUCUGAGAUGACCGACUCUCUCAAAAACCAGUCACCGGAUGAGAUUUUUGAAGCUAUUUUCCCCUGGUUCGGCAUCCUUCUGGCCACCAUUGGUGCCGAGAAGCUUAUUUUUGGAAGCGACUGGCCCAUCUCCACGGUCGGUGUCGAAGGAAAUGCCUGGGAAAAGUGGCACGGAGUCGUCAACAGGAUGUGCUAUAUGGCGUCCUUGACUGAGGAGAAGCAGAAGCUGCUUUAUGCUGAAAACGCAAUUAAGGCGUUCAAUCUUGAUGUCUAA